AUGAUCGGCACUAGCGACUAUGUACCAAACGAAGAAUGGAGUUUGGUCGCGACUUCUGUUUUGCAAAAUAUCUUGUCUGCAGCUGUUCGAGACGAAGUCCAUUAUGUUUGCUGCCCAAACAACUACACACUCUUGAACUUUACCCUAUAUCUGAGACGUCGACCACUUUUCUACCUCGUCAACCUUGUUAUCCCAACCUUCAUCAUAACCCUGAUCGCCAUUACUGGAUUUUUCACUACAAGUGUCCAAAAAUUCGGUUUACUUGGCGAACGUCUACCACGGAGAGCUGUGAAAUUGACGAAAUUCUUCAGCUACAUCUCGUUAACGCGGGUACCACCACAUCUAGGACCAAAGAUCGGCUCGAAAAACAAACACAAGAAGGUUGAGGAGCGUACAAGCACAAUAGCACAAUUUGCCAAAUACAUAUUUACAGCCGGAACGGAAAUGAUUCUGCUGCCAACGCACCGUUUUCAAAUGCACCAUGCAGCGAGACGUCAUCACAGUGAGUGGCGACCGCGGAAGCGCCUUCACUCGUUCAGCGAUAUGAGCUUCGAUGAGAGGUCAACACGACACUUGGCAAAAGUGGAGUAUGACUGGUUGGCGACAGUCCAUCGAGGCGUGCCGUUUCCUGCUCUUUUCUUGGCCGCCUUUCUUUUUGUGUCAUUGCUGCAAGAUUAUCAGGUGUUGGAUUUCCUGCACUGCCUAUCUCUUGAGCCAUCCUCCGUGACGAGGCAAUGCUGUACCCCCGGACCAUCAAAUCCCAGCCCUGUGAGGGCGUUCGGUUUGAUCCCGUCCCUGGCAAGCGUGGCGCAGUAG